GGUCUGCCCAUGCACGGCCUGUAAAUAAUCAUGGCCUAAAAUGUUCUUAUCGUGAUGUUCGCCGUUGGCUAGGCAGAUUGCUAUGCGCCAGUGUAUAGACAUCCGAAAUGAGACUGAGCACAAAAAGUCAUCACAAGACCGAAAUACCAAGUCAGAUUAGAGGCGCCGUUACAUGCUCGGCAUGUACGUAGUUCAGAGGUGGAAACUGCUACCUACACCAUGGAGCUUAUUUUCAGCCGUGAGAGAGGUCAGAUAUACUAUACGUCGCUCACGCUUUCGAGUUGUCUCGGGCUCCGUACACUCAUUAGCCAUUCAGCAUUUAUUGUACAAUAUUCUUGCCUUUUGCACGAUAACGUUUAGUCCAGCCAGUUCACUAUACCUUGGUCUAUCAAAGCAACAUGUCAGCAGGCGAGACAAGUCAGUCUCAUGCCAAGUCAGCGCCCUCCUCAAACUUCGCCCGACCUACACCUGGUACGCUACUCGCCUAUGUAUAUAACAAUAUUGAGAAUGGACUCAGGAUGACGAUCGAUGACAGCAACGGUGCAUCGCCUCUGUACCUUGACCAUCUGAAAAUGCUUCAAUCCGUCUUCACAGCCAUGUGGCUUGGAGAAGAUACCAGGAAAUACCCCU